AUGUCUGCAACCACCACCACCGAUCAAAACAACAACACGCUCAUCCACUUGCAAUCGGAAGAGGAUUUCACUCAACAAGUGGUGAAUGGCUUGUUGGCUAAAAACUCGGGCAAUGCCGUAGUUGUACACUUUUGGGCUGAAUGGUGUGCUCCAUGUUUUGAGAUGGAUAAAUUCUGUGUUCAACUCGCACAAAAGUAUGCCAAUGUAAAGUUCUUUAAGAUCGAAGCAGAGAAAUUACCAAAUAUUACCGAACGAUUCAAUGUUCACUCUGUUCCAGCGUUUGUCUUCUUCCCUGCAUCCAACCAACAUCCAUCCAAAUUAUCCUUCACUGUUUUGGAAGGAGCAAAUCCUCCAGAGCUUGCAAAAAGAACCAAAGCACUCUCAGAGAAUGUGUCAGUCACCUCUUCUCAACAAGAACCUGCUGGAGGUACCACUGAUUUGAAUAGUCGAAUUAGAAAUUUGAUUAACAGAGCUCCAGUCAUGCUAUUUAUGAAAGGUUCACCUGAAGCACCAAAAUGUGGAUUCAGCUCUAAAAUGGUGGAAAUUUUGAAAAAUGCAAACAUUCAAUUUUCUGCAUUUGAUAUUUUGACAGAUGAAGCUGUAAGACAAGGUUUAAAAACUUUCUCGAACUGGCCAACCUAUCCUCAAUUGUAUGUCAAGGGUGAAUUAGUUGGUGGUUUGGAUGUUGUUAAAGAAAUGGCAGAGGAAGGAAACCUCAAAGAACAACUUGGCAUUCCAUCAGAAGAACAAACACAAGAGCAGUUGAACGAGAGGUUAAAGAAACUCAUCAAUCAAGCACCAGUCAUGUUGUUCAUGAAAGGAACGCCAGAGGCACCAAAAUGUGGAUUUAGUGCCAAGAUUGUAGAUAUUCUCAAACAACAAGGUGUUAAAUUUUCAUCGUUUGACAUUUUGACCGAUGAGUCGGUAAGACAAGGAUUGAAGACUUAUUCGAACUGGCCAACAUAUCCUCAAUUGUAUUCAAAGGGCCAAUUAAUUGGAGGAUUGGAUGUUGUGAAAGAACUUGCAGAACAAGGUGAACUUUUGGAAAAUCUUGAAUAA